ACAGAUUUCUCUUAAUGUCGUAGAUGUACAGCUCUGGACAAAGCCGCGACUGAAAAACAUGAGUCGCCGCAACCGUUCUCUUCCAAUUUGACAAAUGCCUAUGUAAGAAAAAUCGAAUUGAAUACAACAAUCACGGGUCCAGUGGACUCCUCAUCAACAUGGCAACUGAUGAGGAGAGGGGCGUAGUGCGUGUCAAAGUCAAGAAGUGUGAGGGGAUACUACCAGUGGAGUUUCGCUCAUUUGCUGUGGAUCCUCAGAUAACAUCACUUGAGGUGCUACAGCACAUCCUCAUCCGAGCCUUUGAGUUAAAUGGCAAACGCAACUUUGGAAUAAGUUACCUAUCCCGGGACCGUGGAGGUUUGGAAGUGUAUCUUUCGCUCCUGUCUGACUGGGAUUUAGAUGCUGCAUUUGUCAGUGCAGCUAAACCUUAUCUACAACUCAAGAUGGACAUUAAGCCUGCCGAAGACAGUCCCGUUAUGGAAGACUGGGACAUAAUAAGCCCCAAAGAAGUGAUUUGUUCUGACCAGCUUCCCGGGGAUAGGAGGUCCUUGGCGGCUGCUGCCCUCCCCUUCACCCAGUCCCUACUGUCCCAGAUGAUGGGUCGAACACUGUCCAGAGUACAACAGGCCUUGAGCUGGUCUUAUGGGGAGGAGGUGAAGCCUUUCAAGCCCCCAUUGAGCGAUGCAGAGUUCCACAGUUACCUCAACGGCCAGGGUCAGCUUUCCCGACCAGAGGAACUGAGGCUACGCAUCUAUCAUGGUGGGGUAGAGCCUUCACUACGCAAGAUCUGUCAUUUCCUCUGUGUCCAGGUUGUGUGGCGUUACCUCCUGAACGUGUACCCCGAUGGGCUGACCGGUCAGGAGAGGAUGGACUACAUGAAGAGAAAGACUAGGGAGUACGACCAGCUGAAGGGGGAGUGGUCAGCUAGGGUCAGUCCAGAGGACCUGGAGUUCAUCAGGGGCAAUGUACUGAAGGAUGUCCUGAGGACCGACCGGGCCCAUCCCUAUUACGCCGGCUCCGAGGACAGCCCCCACCUCACCGCUCUCACCGACCUGCUUACCACCUUUGCCAUUACACAUCCACAGGUGUCGUAUUGCCAAGGCAUGAGUGACAUCGCUUCUCCGAUACUUGCCGUUAUGGACAAUGAGGCACAUGCAUUCAUCUGUUUCUGUGGCAUCAUGAAACGCCUAGAGGGCAAUUUCCGCCCGGAUGGCCAACUCAUGUCCGUCAAGUUUCAGCAUCUGAAGCUGCUACUGCAGUACUCAGACCCCGAGUUCUACUGUUACUUGGUGUCCCGCGGAGCUGAUGACCUGUUCUUCUGUUACCGCUGGCUGCUCUUGGAACUCAAACGGGAGUUUGCCUUUGACGAUGCCCUGAGGAUGCUGGAGGUCACCUGGAGCUCCCUGCCUCCUGAUCCUCCCGAAACGGAAGUGGAGCUUUUUGGGCCUCCCCUAGAGACAGACCAGACCAGAAUGACAUCUGAGAGUGGUGUUGAAAAGAGGCCUGCUUUCACAGGUGAAGAAGAAGGGGAGCAGAAAGAGAAGCAGCGGAGACGACACAUGUUGAGGCCUUCAAGAGAGGAGGCAGACGGUGGGAGAAAGAUCGACAUGGAGGAAGGAGAGCGGGAGGACAGAGGAGCCAGAAGAGAGGGUGAGGGGAACUUUGACAUGCCUUACGUAGGAAAGGAGAAGGUGCACAAUAAUGCGCCUGUUCCUCCCUUUGAGAAGCAGACCAGUUUUGGUGAGUUUAAAUACUACAAUGCACGGAACAAGGACAGCUUUGAUUUCAUGGAGAGAGACCCACCAGAGGGUCCUGUUGAGAUGGAAGCCUCCUUGCACCCUGUAUCAAGUCCACUGGCCCGGCAGGUCACCGAGGACAGCGAGGAGGAUCCAGGGGAGAGGGCACCUCUUAUAACGGAUGAUGACAAGUCCUCCAGCCCAGAGACGGAGGAGAGGAGCUCUCCUAAUGGACAAACAGCCUCUCCGGUCUCCCCAUUUCCUCAUGGUCUGCCAAGCUGGAAGAAUGGUUCCUCUCCGUCUCCAGGCUCCACUCCCUCCCCCUCAAGUUGGAGAGGUGCCCUCCCAGACACCCCGUCACCAAAGUACACCUCCCCCAUUUUACCGAAUGGAAGGGUUGAGUCGCCAGAGAAAGCCACAAGAGGAUUUGCUUCCUUUGCCUCGGUGCCGAAUGGAACCGGAGCUAACUCUCCCGCUACCCCCACAGGGAGGUCCUUGGUUUCCUCUCCCCUACUGACUAGAUCAUUGCUCUCCUCCCCUAUUUUGUCCUUCGGGAGAGCUCUUCCUUCGCUGCCGGUCAGCACAGUCAACAAGUCCUUUCCCAGUAACCUCCCUUCUCCUUGCAGCAGAGCCUCCAGCACUGCGCCCAACACUCCAAAUUCAACCAAACCAGAGAAUACCACCAUCAAACCGUGUUCCCUGCCACCGCCUCAAGAGUUUGGUAAAGGGAAUCCUUUCAUGUUGUUCCUGUGCCUGUCAAUCCUGUUGGAGCAUCGAGACCACAUUAUAAAGAACAGCUUUGAUUACAACGAGCUGGCUAUGCACUUUGACCGCCUUGUUCGGCGACACAAUCUGGGCAGGGUGCUGCAGCGCGCCAAAGCCUUGUUUGCGGACUACCUGCAGAGUGAGGUGUGGGAUUCGGAGGAAGGGGAUGAGGUCAGCUCGGACUCGCCCACCACAGUCACUGCUGCUUUCCACUCCCCGCCCCCCUCUGCCACCAGGCCUCUUUUUACCCCUUUGUCAUCCUCUCCAAACUCCACCUAUAACCUGGCUGACACCAUACCUUCCCCUUCUUCACCUGUCUCCCUCUCUCCCUCCUCUUGACUUCUGUCACUAUAUCCCCAACACAUUUACAGUACAAUGAGUAAUGGUUGCCUAGUCCAGCUGUUUGUCCCUUUUAUUGUUGCUCAUCUUAUUUAGCUCUCCACCCAUACCAGACUUGACUCUAGGAGGUUACUACUGUUAGUUUUUCAUGUCAAUGCAGUAUUGCUCUUCUCUCCAUUUCCUCUAAUCGACAAGUUCUCAUGCUUACUCUUGCCUUGCUAUGCACUCAUCCAUUGAGUUUUUACUGUUUCAAACUUUUAGUUACAGGGAUAAUAAUGUUUCAAAUACCUUUUACCUUUAUAUGAGGGCCCAGGGCUGGAAACAUUGUGUUGCCCACGGUUAACAUGGAUAAGAACCUCAUUGGAAAAGCCACAACUGUGUCUUCUUGACCAAAGAGCUCUAGUUGUGUGAUCACACUGCUAAGAACCAAAACUGGCACAUUGCUAGUCUGGACUUUUUAGCAUAACUGCAGUGUGUAUGGUUACUGGUUCAAGCUCUGCCCCCUCUGUUCCCUGACUUGGCUACAGUUGGAGUGGGCGCUGGCCAUUGGAAGUAUGGAGAAAUAUGAACAGUAUGAAUGAGUCAUGCGACUCUCCUUAAAAAUGCCCUGUUGAGAAUAUAUCAAAUAUGCCUGUAUUUGACUACACACAUGCCAGCAUAGUGAUUAUGAGGACACUAACAACAGCAACUGAGCUUUGUAAAGGUUAUAUUCAUGAGUCAGUAAUUGCAUUGUGUAUCAUUACAUUUUCUAUCAAAAUUUAAAUACUGUAUCAUUUUGGUGUUGCAAGGUCACAUUUUAAAUGUCAAGGUGAGAUGAAGUUAUUUUCUUUAGAAAUACUAUGAAGCAUGUUGUGCCCCAUAGGAAUCUGAAUGGCAAAGAAAAGUUAGUAUAUUGGGAGAGGCCUUAUAAGAAAUCAAUGGGUUUCAGUACUGCAGUUUCAUGGCCAGUUUCUGCAUUUGCGCUCACAAUUGACUGUUUGCUUUUGAGUCACAUGCAACCACUAUGAUCUGAACAAUAUACUGUAUUAAAUGGGAAUGUUUUGCUA